ACCAGCUCCAACUUUCUCUGCACAGGCAGCGUUCAGCACUUUGUGGAGACGGAGAGCGACCAGCAGAUUCCAGAGGACAGAGGAGUUCCAUCUUUCUUUUUUUUUUUUUUUUUAAAGAUGAUGGACAUGUGUUCAUGAGCGAUAUACGCGUUUGUACGAGUCAUCAGAUUUGUAUUUCUGCACAUGCACCCGGUGCAGCGAGUCCUCUUCUCUGCAGCAGCAGCAGCAGCUGUUACUAUUUAUAGAAGCCCCGUUGCGGUGGAGAGGAGUCAAUCAAAUCUGCGCUACGACCAGUGUUCUCAUGACAAUCUGCCCCUGCAGUCUUUUCAGAUUCCCUUUGUGCGCUCUUGCCGGGUCAUGGGUGAGGAAAGGACGUUGCAUUCACUCCAUCUCUCUCUCUCUCUCUUUUUUUUUCUCCUUCUUCCUAAUCUCUGCUGAUGCCCGGUGAUGCCUUUCUUUCGCCCCUCGCGCUCUCCGGGAACCGGUGGACUGCAAAACUUUGGCGCCAUGGAUUACGCGUCACUCCGUGGCACCGACGGGCGCGAUGCUUCUGGGACCUCGUGCGGCUCCGUGUCGUUUCCCAGCCUUGGGAUUUCUAGGGAAGAAAACUGCCGGAGGCGCGUGAUGGGACUUUAAGGACCAGUCUUGAUGGUGACGAGUAAAAGAAGAAAGGAGACAUCGGCGAUUUUGGGGGGGGGGGGGGGGGGGUUCUCUUCACUUUUACGCGAGUGUCCGCGCGUUUUUGGCUCUUAUGGGAAUUAGGCACUCGUCCCGCUGCAUGCUCCUCGGGAGAAAAAUGGCGGAGUCUGAGAGCAGUGAGCAGCCACAGACGCAGCCGCGGCCGGUCCGCAUCAUCCCGUCCCAGUCGGCGCAGCCCACCCCGCUGCCCAAGCCUGUGCCUUCCAUCCAGCGUGCGCAGCGGCCUGCUCUCCCGCCACACACGCCCCACGCCGCCAGCCUCCCGAGCUGCCCCGGGCGGGGCAAGAUGGCCAAGUUCCUAAGUCCGGAGGAGAUGACCUCGCGGGACUACUACUUCGACUCCUACGCCCAUUUCGGUAUCCACGAGGAGAUGCUGAAGGACGAGGUGAGGACGCUCACCUACAGGAACUCCAUGUACCACAACAAGCACGCCUUCAAGGACAAGGUCGUGCUGGACGUCGGAAGCGGGACGGGCAUCCUGUCCAUGUUCGCGGCCAAGGCCGGGGCGAAGCACGUGUACGGGAUCGAAUGUUCCAGUAUAUCGGAGUACUCGGAGAGAAUCAUCAAGUCCAACCACCUCCACAGCGUGAUCACCAUCUUCAAAGGCAAAGUGGAGGAGGUGGAGCUUCCCGUGGAGAAGGUGGACAUCAUCAUAUCCGAGUGGAUGGGCUACUGCCUCUUCUACGAGUCCAUGCUCAACACCGUCAUCUUCGCCAGGGACAAGUGGCUGAAACCCGGCGGCCUGAUGUUCCCGGACCGCGCCUCUCUGUACGUGGUGGCCAUCGAAGACAGGCAAUACAAAGACUUCAAGAUACAUUGGUGGGAGAACGUUUAUGGCUUCGACAUGACCUGCAUCCGCAACGUGGCGAUGAGGGAGCCACUGGUGGACGUGGUCGACUCCAAACAGGUGGUGACAAACUCCUGCUUGGUGAAGGAGGUGGACAUCUACACGGUUAAGACUGAGGACCUUUCGUUCAACUCGGCGUUCUGCCUGCAGAUCCAGAGGAACGACUACGUCCACGCGCUGGUCACCUACUUCAACAUCGAGUUCACCAAGUGUCACAAGAAGACUGGUUUUAGCACCGCUCCAGAUUCCCCAUACACCCACUGGAAGCAGACAGUGUUUUACCUGGAGGAAUAUUUGACAGUGCGCAGAGGAGAGGAGAUCGUCGGUAGCAUCGCUAUGAAGCCCAAUGAGAAAAACAUUCGCGACUUGGACUUCACCUUCGAGCUGGAUUUCAAAGGACAGCUGUGCGAGGCGGCCAUAUCUCACGACUACAAGAUGCGCUAAGUCAGACAUGAGGGGAACACCCCCCCCCCCCCCCCCCCCC